GGGGGAAAAUCAAUUGCCAAUUUCAGACCUAAAAAGCUUCUUCAUUUUCGAUCAAACAUUCAUCCAAAAUCCAUUCUUUUAGAAAUCAGAAAUCCCUUUUCUUUUGAUAUGGAGAUUGCGGAAGAGCACAGCAGACGGCGCCAUAAGCGUUCGAACGGUGAACAGAAUAAUGCGGUCUCAGUUGAUCGACUCAGCGAUUUGCCGGACUCAGUCAUCUGCCACAUUCUCUCUUUCCUCCCGACCAAAUUCUCCGUAAGAACCAGCAUUCUAGGUCAAAGAUGGCGGUUUCUCUGGACCUACGCCCCCAAUUUACUUUUCCACAACGAGAAUCCAGGUACCGUAGACAGGGUUUUAUCGCUGCAUAAACUGCAAGACAUCAACACUUUUCGACUCACUGAGUGGAACGACUGCAACCUAUAUGAAAUCGGGGCAUGGAUUACCGUUGCCGUUCAGCGCAAUGUGCGGAACGUUCAUAUUGAUCUUAAUUUUCAUGUCGAUUUGCCUCGAUGCCUCUUCACCUGCAAAACCCUCGUUGAUUUGAGCAUCGAGUUUUACGGCGCCGUCCCCGAUGUAGGCAUUGCCGUGUAUUUGCCUCGACUUAAGAAGCUUCGUCUAAUCCAUGUCGACUAUGAGGGUGACGAAUCCCUUCCACACCUUAUUUCCGGUUGUCCGGUUCUCGAGGAAUUGCUGAUCCAUUUAUUCGCCGGUUAUUAUCCUUUUAAAAUAUCCUCACCCACUGUCAAAAGGCUUACGAUCAAUUUCCAUUCCGAUGGUGAGGGAUCGGACAACCACGAGUAUUACGACAGGUUGGAGAUAGAUACGCCCGGCCUUGUUUAUCUCCGGUUGAUUGAUUGUGCGAACCAGCAUAUCAAAUCUUGGGCGCUCGACUCUUUAACUGAAGCAGAUAUUCAUAUUUGCAAUGAUUUCAAGCCACGAGACGAUUUUCGUUAUUAUCGAUCUGUGGUGGACUUUUUUGACAGGCUUCAUAACGUUAAGUGCCUGAAAUUAAAUUUAUCAUGUUGUACAGAGAUUAUCGACUCAUUACUGACUGUUGUUUUCUCUCCGAGUUCCUUGAAAACGCUGAUAAUCUUGAAAUCCUUAUUCUCUCGAAGAUAUCUUUUGAGGAAUGCUCAAGUCUUGGAGAGGAUGGAAAUAGCAUACGGCUCAUCCCUUAGUUCCGAUGAAAAGAUUUAUGUGCUCGAGGAAAUCUCACGUUUUCAAAGAGGAUCCAAGGAAUGUGAGGUUGUUUUCAUUUCUAAAUGGUAA